GGGGAUCUGCUUAGAUUAAGGUGCGGUCUCGAGGGCCUGCUGCCUAGAUUCGAAAGCUAUUGAGAAUGCCUCCGAAGCCUAAUCCAGCAGUCUCAUAAAUACGUCACCAUCCUGUCCGGUGUUUCCACCGAUAACAUAAUUUUUCUUCAUGGACCGACCAGCCCCCACCACCUCCACCUCUACUCCCCCCAUCACUAAGCAACCUACGGAACCACCACCAUCUCAACCACUACCGCAACCGCAACCGCAACCACAACCACAACCACAACCAUCCUCCUCCACGGCCUCUCCAAACCCUAAUCUUAACCCCAACCCACCCACAAAACCUUCAAUAUCAGCAGCAACAACAAUCACCACCACCCCCAGCAGCACAAGGCCUCAGACAGUGCACAGGCCAUGGCAGCACCCCCACCCCCACUCCCAAUUCCCGUCUGUUUCUUCGGGCCCUCCUAUACCAUCCUCCUCCAGCACGACCCCUUCUAUUUCUUCGCCACGCGGUGUUGCCCUAGGUGUUCCCGCGCCUUCUCCCGCGUCCUUUUCUUCUUCAUUUGGUCACCAGUUUGUUGGAUUGAACCGCGCUCCUGUCAACGUGCCUGAGUCCGUAGCCAACACCAGCAACUCGCAGGUGAGGCAAGGGGUGAUGGCUUCAAUGGCGUCGAAUUCUCAAAUGCGACCACAUCAACAGAGACCUGUUCAAUCAUCUCUUCGACCACCCACUUCUUCCCCAAAUACCCAAAAUUUCCCAGGGCAUGUAUUUAUAAGAUCCACACCAGUAGGUACAGCAGGUUCUCCUGUGCCAAACACAUCGCAAAGUUUGCAGUCCCCCAAUCAGCUGUGGUUGUCAUCUGCAUCUCAAGGGAAGCCUCCAUUGCCUUCCCCUUCAUAUAGACCUCAGAUGAACUCUCCGUCACUGCAACAAAGGUCACACAUUCCACCACAGCAUCAUUCCCCACCGACAACUUCACAGCAACAGCACAUGUCACCUGCACAGCCACAACAACCUUUACAAUCCCAUCAACAACCAGAGCAUUAUGGCCAGCAAUUUCCACCAUCAAGAGUCCAACAAUCCUUAUCCCCUCUGCAACAAGUUUCAAGGGUUCAAGGUUCAGUAAAUCAUAAGCCAUCUUCCCUAGCAAUGUCACAUCCUAACACAGUACAACCAUUGCCGCAGAAUAGUAUAGCUAAUGCAGAAAGUGAUGAAUCUGGUAACCGGAUUCUUAGCAAAAGAAGCAUUCAUGAGCUAGUUAGUCAGAUUGAUCCAUCAGAGAAGUUCAAUCCUGAAGUUGUAGAGAUUCUAGCAGAUAUAGCAGAUGAAUUUCUUGUGUCUGUCACAACAUUUGGUUGCUCAUUGGCCAAGCAUCGAAAAUCAGAUACAUUGGAAGCGAAAGACAUACUUCUACAUCUUGACAGAAACUGGAAUAUGACACUACCAGGGUUCUGUGGUGAUGAGAUUAAGAGCUACAGAAAACAAGUAACAAACGAUAUCCACAAGGAGCGCCUUGCGGCGGUCUAGUUAUGGGAAAGAUGGAUGACAAUCACCAAAAUCAUCCCUGCCUUUAUUCAAACAAUGCACAUGGAAUCCUUUCACAGACGGACAUGAAUAGCGACACCACAAGACCAAGAAAAUAUAAAAUUACCCAGAUUAACGACUCAGACAACUGAUUCCAAGUUAUUGUGGAAGUGGAAGUUGUAUUGCAUCCGAUAACACUCAGUGUAGAGUUUGUGGUAUGGAGGUGCUUGCGCAGCUAAUGCUAACCAGGUUUCUUUCCAUUAUCGUUUUUUGUUGCAUUACAUUAGUUAACAAAGAAUCAAAAGCUCUUCUUUUUUAUCUGUGGGAAUUGUAGGAAGACAAUUGAAGUGGUUUCAUGAUUCCAAGUUUGGGAACCGUAAAUGCUAUUGCUCCUACAAUUAAUUGUGUCAGCGGGCCUGUAUAAAAAGCUUUGAGCUGAAUUCUGUAAAAGAUAUAUGAUUGGAUUUAGUAAAAUGAUUGAACCUAAACUUGCAUGUA